AUGCGAUGGCCAAGAAGAAAGUCAAAGGUGCCGAAUACGCCAACCCAAGAACCUCUACCUUCAACAUUGCAAGGAAACAAGCCUCCACCUGCCCAGCCUCCUAUGGUGCAAUCAACACCAUCAAGUCCUUCGCAAGGUGAUUAUUCUAAGCCUGUCCAAACUGCUGCAGCACAGUCACUAUCACCACCACCAGCACCACCACCACGUUCGAAGCACGGCCCGCCUCAAUCUGUUCAGCCUCCUACGACGCAGCCAAUACAAUCCCAACCCGCACAGAUUGCGCCUCCUGGUGGAUUAGCAUCUAUUGUUUCAGGAGGUGCUCCCCUGGGAUCAGAUGCGACCGCGAACAAAGAACUCACGAAGAUCUGGCUGCAAGUCCAAGAGAAGGUGAGCCAGCUGGCAGAGAGCGAGGGGAAAAAGGUCGAUAAAGGCCUGGAAAUAGACAAUGUUCUUGCAAACCUCGAUGCGUCCCAAGAAAAGGAAGAGAAAUCUCCUGCCCGCCAGGCCGUGAAAACCACGUUUGGACGCACAAUGGGCCUGAUCAAGACAGUCGGAGGUAUUGUCGCUGAUGGGGCAUCAACGGUCUUUGCGCCAGCUGGACAAUGCUACAACGUUAUUAGCUUCCUUAUCAAUGCCUACGACGGCUAUCAAGGUGCCUUUGAAGGUCUUGCGGAUCUGCUUGAUAAGUGCUCGGCACAUCUGGGCCGUCUCGACUACUACGUCAAAGCACAUAUGGAUGCGAAGCUGAGUGGAGUUGCUGCGCAGCAGUUGUUGCUAUUUGUCAAUAUAUGUGACGCUGCAUUGAAGUUGCGGUAUUCCGCAGCCGAAAAAUUCAAAACUGGCAUGAAAAUCGCAUUCCUCCAAGAGAACGACAUCCAGGGACUGUUGGGGCAAAUGGAAAAAUUGGCCGAGAAAGAGCGAGGAUUAGUUUCUGCUCAGACUUUCGAACGCGCCUGCGCAGCAGCUACCAGCGCGGAAGAGGGAGCCGCUUUUAGCAAGCGAAUCCUCGACAAGAUAACCCAGAAUGAUGCAAACCAGAAGGAAAAAGCUGAAAAAGAGGACCAGGAACGAGCCCUGGUAAAUAUUUUGGCCUUUGAUAAAGGCCCUGAUCGGUGGGACAGCGCUAAGCAAGAGCCUGUGGACUACUGGCAAAGAUCAUAUAAUGAAAUCCGCAAAUAUGUCGUACCGGGCACUGGAAAAUGGCUCAUGGAGCACGCUGUGUUUCAUUCGUGGAGAACCGACUUUGCAUCAUCUCCAAUCUUGGCUGUGGAGGGUACAGAUCUUACAGGUAAAAGCUAUCUCACCUCAUCUGUAAUCAAAUUCCUGCAAACGGAGAUGACCACCAAAGGUCUUCGACAUUUGGUAUCGUUCUACUUCCUUGAGAGAGAUGAAAAAAAUGGGACUUUCGAUGCCGCAGCCAAGUCCCUCAUCUGGCAGCUUGCAAAAGCCGAUGUCCCAUACAGGAAGUCGGUUUCUCGCAUCAGUCAAACACCCAUGACGCUUGAUCCUCAUGAGGUUAUACCAAAGCUACUGUUGGAAAACACAGGGGCCGAACACAUGGACGCCGUCUUUUAUCUUGUCAUCGAUGGGUUGGGUGACAUUCUGGAUGAUACCUUGGUCAAAUUUCUGCGACAGGUAUCUGAAACCUCGAAAAGGAUCCGGGUCUUCCUCACUGGAACACCAGCAGCGUUUGCACAAAUCAAAAAAUGUGGCGUGGCCUAUCAAAGCAUUCCAAUCAGCGGAAAUAAUCACGAUGACAUAAAAAAGUUCAUUGACGCAAGAAUGGAUAGGUUUGACGCCCUCUCUGAUACCGAGCGCAUCGGGGUAGCAGAGCGAAGAAUGACAAUCCGCGAAGAUCUUUCCAAGGCGGCUGGAGGGGAUUACUACAAAAUCAACUCGGCUUUGAAUGCAAUCAGCACGCUCGACUACAUGGAAGAGAUCAAAGAGGUCAUCAAAGGGGCACACAACGACCGCUCGAGGCAGAUUAAAGAUCAGAUUGAGAAAUUGAACCGCGAGCGAACCGUACGACAAAUUCAGGAGAUCAACCACAUCAUACUUUGGAUCACUUUUGCUAUUGAACCCAUUUCAGUGGAACAUAUCUCCGCGACUCUCUUCAUGAACGUCGGCGAAGCUCCGAUGCAGUCACUGCCUGAGCGAUUUCGGACUAAGUAUCUGUUGUUCGAGGUUGACAGCAAUGGCAAGGUUGGCUUCAGACUAUCAAAAACACUGGAAGACAUUCCACAACGCCGUCAUUUAAAAAAGCCGGAUACACAGAAUGCUCAAGAGAUCCAGGCUGCAGAAAUCAACAUGAUAAAGCACUUUCUUGACAAAGUGUGCCCGCCUGAGGUGUACGAAAAGCUUGAGCUUGACAAGCACCUGCAGCGGAAGCUAACUCACAAGCAAUACCAGGUCCAACAGGAGGACAAGGAUACAGGUCACCUGUUACUGGCGCGGGAUUGCUUGCUCGCUCUGUCCAAAAGCCGCGAUGCGAGCAUUGCGGAGCUCCAGGACUAUGCUCGAGAACAGCUUGUCAAACACCUAGCCUCAGUUGACUUGUCUAUGGUAGACCGAGACCAAAAGAGUCAAAUUGGAGAGUUGUUGGUCAGAGUAUUUACCAAGCAUGAAUAUGUCGACGCUUUCAUGUGGCCUGAGAUUGACGACAUUCAAAGUUAUCACACACCAGUUUUCGAAUUGCUAGAAAAUAGCCAGUAUGUCGAGCAGGUGGCCAGAUGGUUUAAAGACACUGCAGCGGUUUCGAGAGUCACGGAUGAGUCCGACCGAGCUUGGAUCAAGGGAGUCGUUUCUGAUAACGCAGUUGAGGUGCUCCUCAAGCCCUCGGCGGUUAGAUUGGCCCAACAUUGCAUGAGAGAACCGUUGUCAGCCACAGAAGUCCGACAGAUCUACCUCUUUGUCGGUCAAUUCCUCUCCAAAAUCUGCUAUGAACCGGAAAUGGAAGAUGACCGCGUCGCCAGGUUUGAGAAGUGGGCCCAAGAGGUCCUCCAACUCACCAACAUAGAUACGCUUUGGCACACGCAGAUGGCCAUGACCUAUGAGACACAGUCCCUCCCAGAAAGGGCUAUCGAGCGAUGCGAUCUCGCGUUGCAGAUGGAUUCCAAAAACUGGAGGGCUUCAUUUUGCCGAGCGAGAGCCGUCCCGCCCGAUCAGGCCGUUGCGAUACUGACGGCGUUGAUAAGACGCCAAGAAGAAAACUUGCUAUGGAUGCAGGAUCCGAGACACGUCGAAUAUCUUGCUGACCUCAAUUUUAAGCUGGCCGAGUUGUAUUGGGAAACUGGCGAUCAUGACCUAGCCAUCUCGACAUUUUCCGCAUCCUUCCAACAAGCACCACGACGCAUAGACCGAUCGAUGGAAGUUCUGGAACGGUACGCUAAGGCUGAAAAGUGGACCACCAUUUCUUCAUUCUUAGAGAGUUUGGCAACGAUCAAUGAUGGGAAGCACAUAGCAGAUAUGGUUUUGAGGCAUGGGUCGGCGUCACGCCUCCAUGAAAUCAUUCGAGACACCGCAAUGGCGACACAACAAUUUGGUAUCAUGGACAAGACAUACCACGUGGCGAUCAAAAGGGCCGAGAGAAGAACCGACCAUAAAUUGUUGUUCCUGAUCCGCGCUUUUUACGGGCUUGUUCUCCAUACACAACCCAAUCGGCGGGAGGACAAGGUUAUCGAACUGUGGGAGACCUCCCUGAAGAAUGAUUUUCCAUCGUCUGGGCUAGGAGGUUCGGAGUUGUUGGCCGAAACGGCAGCCAAGCUAGGCGGGAUAUAUUUACAGAGAGCUCUUGUUGCAAAGAAAAAGGGAGAUCUCGACUCAGUAGCAGAAUACCUCCGCCGGAUUUCGGAUAUUUUGCCGGAAGAAGUCAACCAAUCUCAGCUUGUUCUGCCACCACAACUAUAUCUUGCCCGAUUCCAUCAUGUCAGCCGCGAAUAUGCAAAGGCUCGCGAGCUAGUGCGGACUAUGGUUCAGGUAGCUCUAGAGCUUCUUUCCGAUGAUGAUGAAAAGAAUGAUUCCGAGGCUUUCGCGAAAUUGCUUUAUGUCUUCAUCCCAUUGGGCGAUGAGAAAAACGUCGCCGCAGUAUCCGCAUUAUUCGCGCUCGGAACCCUCUGGAAUGAAUCCGAUGAAUCUGGCAACGGUGAGGGACGCGAAUAUGACAUAGACCUUCAAUGCUCAGGUCUUUGCGAACAUAAAUGGAGAGUACCUAGCGAGAUGUGGAUAUGUAUGAACUGCAUAAUGGUCUACUUGGAAGAAAAUUGUCUUAGAAAGUUGCGAGAGGGCAGGCUCGAGCAGAACGUUUGCCAUCAAGAUCACGACUUUCUUGAAGUUCCCAAGUGGGAUGAAGACCGAAUGGCAUCGCUGCCCAAGGGGAAGGUGCCUUGGGGGAACCAGAAUAUCACUUUGGAUGAGUGGGUGCAGGAGAUUCGAAAGGAGUAUCUUGGCUUGGAUGCUUGA